AUUGCGUCCACUUCGCCAUGACAUCCCACUGUGUGUAGCCGUUCGCCUUUCUCUGUUCUUUUAAUGGAGGAAUCGGCAGGGGGGGAGGGAGACACACUGAUAGGCGCCACUGCUCCUCCAUUUUCUCUUCUUUUCUUCUUCCUCCUCGCUCCCUUUUAACCUCUGCUUUUCCCUUGAGUUUUACCAUCCUUUCACUGCACCGUAUCUUCCUGCAGGCUGCAUUUGCUUUCCCUUUGCUUCUUUGGCCUCCGUGGGUCAGCUCACCUCGUCCUUUGGCUAAUCCUUAGCUGCUCCUCUCGUUGAGUCUUAAAUACCAUCUCCUAUAACGUACAUAUGGCUCAUGAUUAUCUCCCUAUGCCUAUAUACAACUGCCGGCAUUAGUGCGUCCUCUGCUCAUCAUUUCUGUUGAGCUGAGCUCCAUUGGCUCUUGCUUGUCUCUAGUACCGUUGUCGAGCAAAACUCUGCAUUUUCCUUCCAAUUUUUCUUCCCUUCCCUUUGCCUUCUCUGUCUGGUGGAGCUGGGAGAGGUAGAGAAGGUUUUCUCAUCACCCGGACCAGGCUGAUCAAUCAUAGCCUCCUUAAGUUCUUCUGUUUCCAUUGGCGGCUUGUAGUACACAGCAGUAACUCAUGAUGUACGAGCUUGGUUCUUGGUGACUCAAGCACGGGCUAAGCAGAAGCAGCAACCAAGGAGAAGCAGAACUCAGCAUUAGCCAUGGAGACACCAAAGGUUGGCCACUCGUCUUCUCGCCUGCAACACCGCCACACCCGAAGUGUUGCAAGCACACAUGGAAAUCUAUCGGACAUAACACCGCGAUUCUCGUAUAACAAACCUACAACCAAUCAGGAUAAUAUUCCCCAUAGAAGAUAUUCACUCAACCUAGCAGAGCAGUUUCAAGACCACCCCAUGAUUACUACAGCAGAACCAAAUGAAAAGGCUAUGUCGAAGCCCGUUGCAGAAUUGGUUUGGGAGAUAGCAGCCCUUGAGGAGGAAGUCGUACGCAGGGAACUGCAUUUGCUUUCGCUCUACAGGGCGACAUUUGAUCAAUACCUGGGCAUCUCCCCUCGUGUUUCUGGUCAGAUGGGUCAAGAAACGCACCGUCAAGGCAGCAGAAAGAAAGCUGAUGAAGGUGCUCUCCGGUUGAGAGAUAUCAAGGAGUCAGCAUCCUACAACCUGCCAACAGUUUCAGAUCGUAGACAUUAUUCACAGGGACUGCCAAGAUCAACUUCAGGGCAUUCUAGUCUUGCAAAUUUCUUGAGUGCUUCUAUUGCAGAAUAUGUGCCCAGGAUUGCAUGCAAGCUUUCCGAGGACAUUCUAAGAUGCAUUUCUGCGGUGUACUGCAAACUCGCGAGCAGCCCAUCACAGGAUGUUGAUUCCGAGACUUUGUCAACUCCUUCCUUCUCUUCUGCAUCGAGUACCUUUUCUCUAAAGCACCGUGUCGAUAGUUGGAGCCCCCGACUCAGCUGCAACGUUGACGCAAGCUCUGACAAAUAUGGUACAUUGAGUGAGAAUAAUGACCAGUACAGUGGGAUGAUAAUUUUUCCAAGGAUAAAUAUUGAUGCAGACAAGUUCGACUAUGCCUCUAAAAUGCUUGAAACUAUCAGAGCAUUGAUAAAGCGGCUUGAGAAAAUCGACCCUACAAAGAUGGCACAUGAGGAGCAGCUCUGUUUUUGGAUCAACAUCCACAACGCUUUAGUGAUGCAUGCUUUUAUGGCUUAUGGACUUCAGGACAAACGCAUGAAAAGUUCAGACAUGAUUCUGAAGGCUGCAUAUGACGUGGGCGGGCAUUCAGUAAACUCUCAGAUUAUUCAAAACUCAAUUCUUGGAUGUCAAUCCCAUCGUCCUUCCCUGUGGGUUCGCACGCUAUUUACUCCCACGAAGAAAUCAGCAUCAGGAAGCUCCACACAUCCAUAUGCUCUUCAUCAGCCAGAGCCGCUUGCUCACUUUAGUCUUUCAACUGGAGCAUUUUCAGAUCCACCUGUAAGGUUGUACACAGCCAAGAAAUUGUACCAUCAACUGGAUCAAGCUAAGACUGAGUUUAUUAGAGCUAAUGUCAUGGUCAGGAAGCAUAUCAUCUUUCUUCCCAAAAUUCUCCACUACUAUGCAAAGGAUGCUACACUGGAGUUGCCUGAUCUGAUUGAGAUGGUAUGCAAGAGUAUGCCUGAAGCACAGCAAAAAGAAAUAAAUAAAUGUCUUAGGAGGAGGAUAGAUAAGUGUGUUGAAUGGUUGCCCUAUAAGUCUUCUUUCAGAUACACUGUACACAGAAAUUUGGCUGAGUAGGCACUGUAUUUUGCUUUCCCAAA